AUGUCGCCCUUCUUGCAGGCUGCGGAACCGCUCUCGCUCCCUCUCAGAACCCGAGGUACGAAGUUUACAAGCGAGAGCAGCCUCAGUCUCACGUCGCCCCCUGACAACACGAAUGUGGAAGCUGCUACAACGGUAGCGGCAGCAGCAGCAGUGACGGCGGCCAUCGUCUUACUGCGUAUUGCCAAGAAUAGAAGCAGGUCCCUCGUCUGGUCUUACACCCCGAUAAAGAACCGGGCAGAGGUCACAAGCAAAAGCAGUCAAGCUGCAAGCGUCAGCGGGCAAGAACUAGAACUAUACCCGGAGGUCGAGCGUCCGUCGAAGAAUUAUACGCAAAACGACUUAGCGGCGUGUGCUACUUUUGCUGCUGGCAGUAGCGGCAGUAGCUGUGCGUCAAACGGUGCCAGAAGCCCAUUACCGGCUGCGGAUCCGACGUGGCUUCUGUCCGGCCAAGCGCAGGGUGCCGACGACUACACACACAACCAAGUACCCAUAUCCCCCUCUCUCACACACACACCCAUACCCAUACCCACACACACACCUUUCACCUUGUCCGGCUGGCCCAAGCCUGAGCUGCAGCUGCGCCGCCAGGAUCGUCCCUGGCUACCCCAGUCCGAGUCCCGCAAGCAGCAGCGGCAGCAGAACGGCAUGCCUCGCCGGGAUGAACUUCAGAGACCCCAGCGCCAAUCACGUGGAGUCAGCAUUACGCCCAACCAGGAUAGUGACGCUGGUUGUCUCGCGCCGCCUGUGAACCCGUCAGACGACCUUUUACGCCAGCAAACUUCCCCCAGUGCUUCCGAUGCAGAUAAUGCCUCGGAAAGGGACUCGAUUUGGCUUCCUCCCCGGUCAUCGCCGCCCUUGUCGGCUUCAUUAUUUUGGACAGAUGGGGUUUCAGGAAGAAGAACCAUGGACGGCGGUGACACGAGCUGGCCGGAAGCCUCGGUUUCUCCCUCACAUCCCAGGCAUGAUGCAGAACCCGGAGGCACAAGUACCUCCCUCAAUGCCUCAGCCAGCUCGGCAUUGACAGCACGAACCAGGGCUCCUACCGACUCCAACAACCCAACUCCUCGCCAGAUUCCCAGCCGACCAUUUGCGGCUCCACCCUUGCUAUCUUUGGACACGACUGAUGCUCCGGUAGUGUUUUCUUUUGAGCAUCGACGAAAAGCUUAUGCAGCAUCCGUACCGCCGGAGCUGGACAGUGGCGGUAGUGGCAUUGAUCGGCUGGCAUUGAUCUACCAAGGCGAUUCGCCCUUCAACGUGACUACCGAGUCUGAAAGCCCCUUUGGGUCAGAGCUCAGCUCGGCCGCAUCAAGUUCAUUAUCCCGCGCAUCUUCGGCAACCUCACCCGGAACGAUAUCAGCCGCAUUCAAGAGGUCGUCCUCUUUGAUGCCUGGUAAUCCCGGUAGCUCGCAGCACAAGAUGGAUGCAUUUUCGAGGGAUCCAACCCACACAAAACCGACGCCGAUCCCCGUGAAAAGGGGUGGACACAAGAUGUGGUUUGCACAUGAGUCGACAGUCACAACAGAAUACGACUACCACGACGUCCGCCCAGACGGCCCAUCGUCAUUUCCCCCGACUUCACCUCUCCUUCCGCCACCGCCGCCCGGCUCCGACAACUACGACUACGCGCUUGACCUGCUGUCCCCCGUGUAUCAAGAUAGCCAUAUGGAUGAUGACGCAGAGGAUCAUGGCAACUACGAGAUUACGCAUCAUCAUGAAGACAUGUCACAGCAAGAUGACGUACCAAUAUGGAUGAGGCAUACACGUUCCUUUGGUGGUGGUGUCUGCCUUGCCUGCCUUGCAAAUGGCGGCGGGUUUUAUGGCGAGAAUGUUCCUUUGGAGGAGCGCAGGCCGCGAUGA